AUGGGUUUCCAGGACAUUGUUGGGGGAAGGUUGGGAUGUCAAUAUGAGAAGCUAACCAAAAGGAAUGAAAAGGUGGGAAGGCCUGGAAGGCAUUGGGUGAAGAAAAUUAAUGGAAGACUGAAGGGUCUGCGGUUAUCGCGCUCCCGGAAGCUUACUUUGAAGAUUUUUUCUUCAGUUGUAUGGCCAAGCAGGUUUGCAAGGAUAUGCGGUGACAUUGUGAACAGAAUGAAAGCUGAUGGAGCAUAUCCCAGUAUUAUCUUCUCCACUCAAUGGGGGCUUCCAGUUCUGUCUCAUUCAUCUGUCAGGGGCUGCAGCAUCAAAUGCACUCCCAAUAUUGUACCAAUUAGGAACUGUAUCGAAUAG